AUGGAUCGAUUGUUGAAGGCUAAGACCCCAAGGCCGGAUACGCCAAUUUUCCGUUCCAAAAAACGGUUCGCGGAUGCCAUGGAAAUGGCUACUCAAUCUCCUAUCGCCAUCAAAUUGAUGCAAAAGGCGGCAAAACAAGGGGAAAAUCUCCUGGGCAAGGUGAUUGGAUCGAAGCGAAAGGCCACGCGCGGCGCUCCAUUGCAAACAGUGCCACAAUGCUCCCCUAUCUUUGAGUACCGAGCCGGAAAACGCAAGCGGACGUCGUCUGGUCGAAAAUCGCCAAGCUCUGCUUCGCCUCGUCUUUCGCCCGAGAAGAAAAAGAAACGAGGACUCAUCAAACGUGCCCAAAGACGCGCUACUCUUUAUGGGAAAACGGCGCUUCAAAUUGCUCACGCGGUCCGAAAAAAUCCGCCAAGGCUGACGACUUCGUUGCUGUGCGGUUAUUACACCGCAGAAUUCAAGCUCACUCCUACAAAAUAUGCGGCAAUUGAGCAGGCGGUGAAAGAGCAAUCGCCGCUCAAGAAAAAACAGAUUCGUCAAAAAACCCCGUCGCCAAAGAAACAGAAAGCUCUGGCCAUUCUUGGCAUCGAUGAAAAGCCAACUGCCACUGCUGCUCCCGCUGACGAUUAUCCGAAAGUCGUUGCAAACGAAGGGUUGCUCUUCCCCUUUCAAUACUUCAAUCCGGCUCAUAACGAAGGAACUGCAAUGAUGCACGCCGUCCCAGCGGAACAUGUUUUCAAGCCCGGCCCGGACAUUCGCUAUGCACAAAUGAUUGACGAGCUCAAGGAAAACUUUGGCGAGAAAUGA